AUGUCCGACGACAACAUCCCAAAGGUCGAAGGCACGGCCUCUUUGGACCAUGAAUCUUCAGUCUCAGAUUCAAAACCUGCGUAUAAGGGCAAACCAAUGGGCUUCUUCCGUCACAUGUCCGCGAUAACAGGGUACGGCAUGACACCCGAAUCCAUCGAAGAAUACCGUCGCGAUUUCGACGACUACUACGCCGAAACCCUCUGUAAACGCUGUGAAGAAAAUAGAGAUUGGUUAAUACAGUACAGCCCCAUAGUCCGUUUCAUGAUGGACCAAGUCAGAGAAGUAAACGGCAACCUCUCUUCCGAAAAUAUAAAAUGCCUACCUUGCAGUAAAGACCAAGCCGGCGGUUUCCAUCCAAAAUAUGGUAUCCUACUUUGUCAGAACAAACUACGAGAUAGAAGUCAUACUGAAGAUACAAUGGCUCACGAAAUGGUCCAUGCAUACGAUCAUAUGAGGUUCAAAGUCGACUGGGCGGAUUUUAAACAUUUGGCUUGCUCGGAAAUUCGUGCGUCGACAUUGAGUGGAGAGUGUAGACCAUACCAAGAGUGGAUGGUUAGAGGACAAUGGAAGUUUUUACGGCAUAUGGAAGCUUGUGUUAGGAGAAGAGCAACUUUGAGCGUUAGCGGUCAUCCUGCGCUGAAAGGAGACCUGGAAGCCGCCGGGAAGAUCGUAGAUCAGGUCUUUGAGUCUUGCUAUAAGGAUACUAGACCUUUCCGAGAGGUCUAUAAAUAA